UUUCCUUAAUAUAGAAAGAGCAAAUAAUUUUUACUUCAAAAGAGUUUAUGUAUACUAUUAAAGCUCCUUAAACUUUUGGCUCAUAUGACCCUUUCUUUGACAAAUAACAUUUAACUUUCCUUGAUAAAAAAAAUGACAUUUGACGAACCCACCCUCUAUGAAACGAAUAACCCCUCCGGCCUCAUUCAUCCUUCACCACACUCAUCCAUAUUUCCCAAAAGGAACAGCAAUCGUAUUUUUUUCUUAAAAAAAGAUCCAAUUCAGUAUGAUUCCACUCGAAGAAAGAUUCCGGGCCGACAGUAAAUCGUGCUCUGGCGCUGAGGAUGACCCAACAUCCACCUCCGUUACCAAUAUUUGGGAUUUUGAUCAAUUGCGCAUGAUCAAAAUAAAAGGCUUCUUGACGAGUCUCCCAUCUGAGGAGUACGUAGAAUGUUCGAUAUUGGCGAAAUUUGCCGACUAUUUAUCUCCAGAAGUUCGUGCUGUUCAGCUUGACCCUGAUGGACUCAUCUGUGGAGUCUCCCUAGACCCAGAGGAGGAUGAGAGGAGUUUGGUUCCUUACCCUCCGUUCUCGAUAGUGAAAUCCCUUGCUGGAUGUCGCACGAUCAAGCAUUCCCAGCUUCAGGAGCUUGAUCGACUUGCACGAUGUGUUGACCUUUCAUCAUACGAAGACGAGAAUCAAAAUACACGAACGGUUGCCUUCAAAUUCCAUAUGUCGUGGUUACCCUACACAUUAGGAAGGUCCUGGGGCGAGAUUAACCUUCUCAAAAGCAUGCCACCGCAUCCCAAUUUAAUACCGUUUGAUGGCGUCGUUCUCGAAGAUGUAGAGUCCCGUGUGAUUGGAUUCACUAUGAAGUAUAUUCCGGGCAAAAUUUUGAGCGAUCCAAAGAUACCUUUUCGAUUUGAGUGGCUACAACAACUUACCCAAGUCGUGGACUUUUUAAACUUAAACCUGGGGAUCAUGCAUCAAGAUAUUGAACUACGCCAUUUACUUAUCGAUCCUGACACACAAAAGCUCCUUUUAUUUGACUUUGAUAUGGCUUCCUGCGGGAUGAAGGGAUUGGCGGAAGGUCGUGAUGACAUUUCUUGUGUUGUUUUCACAGUAUACGAGCUCAUAACGAACGACUCUCGCUACGCUUGGUUGAUCCGUACGGAACGACAUAUAGACAUGGUGCAGAAUCUUCCCGAAUGGACCCCGAACCGUGAAUUGGAUGCCGAUGUUUCCGUAUUUCGCAAGUUUUUGAAUGACUGGGUAAAGAAACGGCAAUCUGGUGGCAUCAUGGAGCAAUAUCUUAACGCGCCUAACCGACCUUCAUGGCCGGAUGAAGUACCGACUUCGCAUGACUAUGAUGUCCCUUUCGAACACGGCAUACGUGCGGAUGGUACGAUGUGUUGGACGACGGGUCCGCGGAGCAUGCGCACUGCAAAGAAGCUUGGGCAGUAUUGCUUUGAAUGGCAGAGACCAUUACAAAGCAGGAUGACAAAGAAAGCUUGCGUGGAAAUUGUGAAAGGGAUCGAUGAGAAGUUUUGCAACGAAGACUUCUUCCAGGCAACUCCAGGUAAGAUUUUGAAUGCCAUAUUUCCCAUGUCCGCUCUUGAUUGUUUACUAACUUUGCGUUAUAUGACAGUUGACUGGAUUGUGAGGAGGGAAAAACCCAUCAUUGAUUGAUUGGGAGUUUCAAGGUUCGGGAAUAUAUGGUCAUAUAUGGCGAUGUACGGUCUAGAGUAGCUGUUAGGUUUGAUAUUAUGGUAGGGAAAUUCUAGAUGAAAGGGCUACAGGGCAUGGUCAUGAUCAUCUGAGGAAACAUUCGGGUGAUUAUCGGGGGAAUUGACGGCUUGAUAGUGUGGGGUAGGUUAAGGUUAGAACGAUUUUCUCUUCUCAAUGUUCUUUUAUUACUAGACUCUUAGGGUUAGCAAUACACAUACGUAUAUACGGCAUUUACUCAAUCUCAGAAAGGCCUCCGCCCCUAGUGUCCAAUGUUACCACUAUCGCCCGAUUGAGGUGUACUGUACUUAUCUUCGACAUCUUGAUCGUCAUGCUUUGAUAGAACCGUUAUC